GAAUCCAGAAUUUAUGAAUUGAAAAGAAAAAAUCAAGAACUUGAAAAAUACAGAUUUGUUCUUAAUUACAAAAUUAAGGAGCUUCAGAAUCAAAUUAGACCAAAAGAGGAGGAAAUUAAGGAGAAAAAGCAACAAUUAGCUGAAAUGGAAGAAGAACUAGAAGGGUUGCAGAAGAUUAAUGUUAGUCUGGAGUUACAGACCCAAGAACUUAAAGAGAAGCUCACAGCAACAAACAAUGAAUUGGAUAAAGAACGGAAUGAAAAUAAAAAAAAUAAUUCCACCCUAAAUCGUAUGCGACUAGACAUUCAUAAUGCUUAUGGAAUAAUCAAUGAACUGAAAAAAUUGAAGUCAGCAAUCAAGGACCUAUACCACAAAUACAGUAUGGACCCUGCCUAUGUAAGUACCAGGAAAGUUGAUGAAGACAUUCAAGAUGAAUUCAUGAGGCAGAGAGAGUUUCUUGAGCAUACUAUUAAAGUGCUCAGGAAACAAGUCAGUUUACAAACAUUAGGUAGAACAAGUGAAGGGAAAAUUAUGGAGGAGCAUGCUGAACUAAUUGAAGAAGUUAAUCACUUACGUCGUGAACUUAAGUAUGCACAACAUCACAUAAGAGACAUGGAAUCAGUCUUGGGUCCUGGUGCAAGAUAUAUAAACCCCAAGCAAGCACAAGACAAAUUAGAAGCAGCAAUAAAAACUAGAGAAGCAAUAAAGCAAGAAUACGAUGACAGAAUGGAGGCAAGAAAACAUCAAAAGUUAGAAGCAGUAAAUGAACAAUUAAAGCAAGAGGUAGAUGGUUUAAGAGCACAGAUAAAAGAAGAACAGAUGAAACGAGUUCAUGAAGAAAAACCAAAAGGAAAAGAGAAAAAAGUACUUCAUCAUCUGAGCUACUAA